AAAAUUGCUGCCAUUUCUUGCUAUCUGUCCUCUGAAUUUACAGGUGUUUUUCCCGGUUCACUAUAUUUUAAAAAUUUAUUAUUAUUAUUAUUAUUAUUGAAAACAUUUUUUAUUUUUUUAAAAUUAAAGCAAAAUUACCUUGCUUUAUUCCUUCAUUUUCUUUCCUCCUGAAAUUCCCUUGCAUCUCAUUUGAUCUCUUUCAAAUUGCUGAAGGCCUAAUUCUUUAUAAGGUCAUCACCGUCUCUCUCAAUAUAUAGGAGACAGUCGAUGACGACAUGGGAAAGAAGAAUGAAACCCUAUGGGCAGAGUUCGUUCUCACAGGUCUCACAUGCCAACCACAAUGGAAAAUCCUCCUAUUCCUAGUGUUCUUGGUAAUAUACCUCAUGACCAUUGUGGGGAACCUUGGUCUGAUCACUCUCAUCUGGAAUGACCCUCGACUUCACAUCCCCAUGUACUUAUUCCUCAGUAACUUAGCCUUCGUGGAUACUUGGUUAUCAUCCACAGUGACACCAAAGAUGCUAUUUAAUCUUUUGGACAAGGGCAAGGUGAUUUCGGUUGCAGAAUGCAAGACACAAUUUUUUUCCUUUGCAAUCAGUGUGACCACAGAAUGUUUUCUCUUGGCAGCAAUGGCUUAUGAUCGCUAUGCAGCUAUAUGCAAUCCUUUGCUUUAUCCAGUAAUAAUGACCAAUAGAUUAUGCAUUCGCCUGUUAGCCUUAUCAUUUAUAGGUGGCUUUCUUCAUGCUGUGAUUCAUGAAAGCUUUUUAUCUAGAUUAACCUUCUGCAAUUCCAACAUACUAUAUCAUUUUUACUGUGAUGUUAUACCACUGUUAAAAAUUUCCUGUACCGAUCCUUCUUUAAAUUAUCUGAUCAUUUUCAUCUUCUCUGGUUCAAUACAAGUGUUUACUAUUAUGACUGUUCUUAUUUCUUACAUGUUUGUUCUCUUUACAAUUUUAAAUAAGAAGUCUGACAAGGGCAUAAGGAAAGCUUUCUCCACCUGUGGGGCCCAUCUCCUUUCUGUAUCUUUAUACUAUGGCCCUCUUCUCUUCAUGUAUGUGCACCCUGCAUCUUCAGAAGUAGAUGAUCAAGACAUGAUCCUCUCUCUGUUUUACACAGUUAUAAUCCCCGUAUUAAAUCCAAUUAUCUACAGUCUCAGAAAUAAGCAAGUCAUAGAUUCUCUGAAAAAAAUGUUGAAAAUAACUGUUUAG